AUGAAAAUUUUAUAUACACUUUGUUAUGAUACGAAAGUCAUUAAAGAUGGUAAUAGUAAAAUUGGUGAAUUGAUAGAAUAUGAUAUUUUAGGAUUAGAGAUCGAAUAUACUCGUGGAAGAAAAAUGCUAUGUGGUAUGGAAAAAUCACUAACUGAAAAGAUCCCAAAUUUGGACACACCCUUGAAUACUGUUGGCAGGAAAAUGAACGCACCUUGUCAACCAGGCUUCACCAUUGAAAAUAAAGAUAUUGAAAUGGAUGAACUUGAAUAUAAUACAAGAGUAAAGAAGAUGCAUUCUUUUUCUGCAAAUUAUGUUCGCAAUCUUCUCAGACGUGCUAAGCAGUAUGAAAUUUCCAUCCCAGAUAAUGCUAUCUGUGAUAUAUUGUUAAAUGGAUUAAAAGGCCCAUAUAAAACCUUGCAAUCCAAAUAUGCACUUGAUGACAGUAAUAAAAGUAUGUCUGCUAUUUUACAGGAUAUUCAAAGAUUGUAUCAUCUUCAUGGUCCAACCCCUAAUACUCCUUCCAACAAAUCAAAUUCUGGUCAACAAUCUAAGAGAAGUUCAUCCACGGUAAAAACCGAUUCGAAAAAUAGCACAAAUGCUUUUUUAAAUAAGGAUUCAAAAUCCAAACCUGGUACUUCUAUUAGAAAUACUAAGCAACCAAAUUAUAAUAAAAAACGAAUCGAAAAGGCCCAGAACAUUUCAAAUGAUAAACAGAUCCAUAUACCUCCACCUAAUGAUGGUUACGAACUUAGGCCUCCUUCAACAGUAACCGACACAAAUCUUAGGCAUUCAAAACACCUAGACGCAAAUCACACUACUGAUCAUCAAGUCACAGAUACUGACACCGAUAUGAAAGAUUAUCCUUCUCUUCCAGGUCACCUUCUUCUUGACAGUGGUGCAUCUACUUCUCUGAUUCAUUAUCCUGACUUCCUCCAUGAUAUUCAAUACGAUUCCGAUCCUAAGAUACAUGACGCUCAAAACAACCCUAUUGCUUCACAAGCAUCCGGUUCUCUUAUGUUUAAUUUUAAACAUCAAUCCCCUAUCCCUGUUCAGGCUGUUCUAACAGACGCUGUUGCAUAUGAUUUAUUGAGUCUAGAUGAAUUAGAUAAAGCAGGCAUUACAGCAAAUUUUACCAAAAUGGCUUUGGAAGAUAAAAAUGGAAAUAAUGUGGCAUCGAUUAUUAAAUAUGGUCCAUAUUAUUGGUUGCCUUACCGAUAUUUGGUACCAGCUUCACAUGCUAAAAUGGAAAGAGUUCAUAAUGUGUUACCCAAGUUCACUUACCCAUUUAUACAUCGGUUAUUAGGUCAUGUUAAUGCUCGUCAUAUACGUAAGUCAAUCAACAAGGAGCUAUCACUUCAAUCUCAGAGUCUGAUAUCGACUGGUCUGGUAGUGAAACUUAUAAAUGUCCUGACUGUCUUAAAGGACAGCAGCUUACCGAGUAGUUUGGUUGAUAUUUUAUUCCAGAUGUGUCCUCGGAAGGACAAUCUGCUCCUCUCCCUCUUAUGA